AUGGACUAUAGACCGAAUGUCAUCGCCUCAAUAUCAAUUACUUUGCCACUUGCAGCGACUGUCCUCGUACUUCGACUUUUUGCGCGACGGUCGACGAGGGCCGGAUAUGGAAUUGACGAUUGCUUGGCGGUAGUUGCCUUUAUCGGAGCUCUUGGAUACUCGAUAGACAAUAUUGUUUGGCUAAUAGGCUUUGGACUCGGUGUACCACUCAAAGAUGGCCCAGCGCACCUCACCCACGACGAGCGACUCGAACGAUCAUAUGUCCUGACGUGGAUCAGUAGUCUCAUGUACACGACUGCUAUCGCCAGCGCAAAAUUCGCCGUAUUGACCUUCUACUGGCGUCUAUUCAGAUACUCGCAUACACGAAUCGCCAUACAAAUUGUUCUGGUCCUCUGCAUCUUGUGGACUCUGGUGCGCAUAUUCCUCUUGACCAUGCAAUGCCAACCCACAGCCGCCUAUUGGGACCUUGAUCGUAGAGAUACACAUUGCCACGUCAAAAGUUCAAUCUACUUCUUUUCUACUGGCUUAACCCACGCAGUACUCGACGUUAUCAUCUUGAUACUUCCUGUUGUCGAGGUGUCAAGAAUGCGUCUUCCUCUUGGCCAGAAACUUGCCGUAAUGGCGCUAUUUGGCUUUGGUGCUCUCGUCUGCGUCUUCACUGUACUCGUGAUUCACGAUGCUUUCAUGCUAAAUAGUGAUACGAGGGAUAUGACACUGACGAUGGCAUACCAUGGCGCUUUGAGUGCCGCCGAGAUCAAUCUCAGUAAUGUUACAAUUUCCCUACCAAUGCUACGGCCUGCAUUCCGCGCCAUCAUUCCUUCGUCGUUUCUCUCUUCUCACAGAAGCAAACGGGCUGUCAUAGACUCGGUGCUGGCUCCCGAAUAUGGCAUGAAAAAAGGCAGCAACGCGACGGACAUCUCGCACCAGGAAGGCACAAGCUCGGUUUGCGAAUUUGCGAUGCACACUGAUAUACCACCUGGCUACGACCUUGAAGCUUCACAUGCGGGAUGGAGUUACGGGACAGAAAUAACAAUAUUUAGCCCAUGGAGGCACCAAACGCCGCCUCCGACGAUAAACGAGGGCUUGGACGGUAUUCAGAUAUCAGAGGAAACCACGGUUCAUGUUGAGAGACUCGGUGAACCCGGGGCUGAUAUGCCCGAUUUGGAUGAUAUUGAGAGUCCCAAAUAA